CAAGGUAGCGGUGACUCAUCCUGCACUGCACAGGUUUCCGUCCAAUCAGGUGCUCUCUAGAGUGAGAAUGCCCCUCCCACUUACGACCUCAAACGACGAGUCGUCAGUGUGGACGGAGCACAGAUCUGCUGUUUGGAGCAUUUUUAUGGAGCUGAAGGUGUGCAGAAGACAUGAUGCUCGGCGCUGGGACGAAGCUCCAGGACAUUCACAGACAGCUGUCCAUCACAGCAGACGAUGUCCAGACAGGUCAGCUCUCAGGUCGACGUGGACGGCGGGAUUGCAGAUCAGAAGCAAAGUCAUGAACUGCCCUCUAGUGGCGAGAAGCGGCGCUCAGGUCUUCGUCCGUCAGACUCCGGUUGAAGCACUGAUCCUCAAUCGGUUUCUGCUCUCUGUGUGCAACGACAGAGACGUCAGAGGCUGCUCGGCGAUCAGCGGCGGGUUCGAGCGCUGGGAUUGGGCCCGUGUCAGCAGUCGACAGCCGACUGAAGUGUUAAUUGGAAUAAUUCUGCGGCGGAAACUCUCAGCUGUGCUGCUUAGAGGUUUUGCUCGAGAGAAACCGCAUGAAACCCAGCCAUGGUCUCCCCAGAGCGCUAAACGCACCGACUUAGACCGGUUUGCGCGCGAUUCCGAUGCAAACCAUGAAGAAUACAGCGGCGUGCGGCGGGACAGAGGCGAACCGACCCGUCGCGGCGUGUUAAUGUGCUAAAAUUGUAAAACCAUAGGAAGCAGCAUAUGGCGGCAACCAGCAGACGCACACAUAUAUGCCCUAAUAGCCGAAACCCACACCCAAAAAACACACACACACACACACUGGCAGCAGCAUCACCCGUCCCAUCCAGGAGAAAACCAAUUAUCUGUGCUCUCUGGAUAACAAUGCCCGAGAAACAUCUGUGUGCGAGGCCUUACGAGGACCCACACAGGGCCGUCCCUGCGUGCCUGUUUAAUUUAAACACAGCCCCUCCGCCGGCUGGGCACCGGCCGGGCGUCAGACGCCCGUACCCAGCUGAACGGCGGGCUCGUACCCCCGCGCUUGGCGUCCGGCGCGUCAACACAGACGCGGGGACAAAUGUGGGAGCAGUUGUGCGUUCUGUACUGGUUUGGCGCGGCCUGGGAUGGUUUGGAACGGUCUGGGAUCGUUUAGCGGCGCUGAGCAGAGAGUGCAGCCAGCGCACAUGUGACGCCCCCGCUGAGGGUCUGUGAAGAACAGCCUGUAGGCCGCAUACAGACCGCAGACACACAACACUAAAGAUAGACGGAUAGACAGACAGACACAUGCACGCAGUCUCUAGACAGUGAUGAUAUAUAUACAUAUAUUUAUACAUACUGAU